AUUCCAAUGCUUGGCUCAGUGGUGAGUUUGUCACUGCUUAAGACUAGUUGUGACGUUAACGACGUUUGUGCGGAAGAGUUGGUCAGCCGGUAAUCGGCGCAAAUAGUGAGUCAGUAGAGGCGCUAUCGGUAGAUGCUUGGGAACGCGUGACACCUCUUUCUGUCUACGAAAUAGCAAACGUUUAGCGAAACAAAGUUUAGCGAAUAACAAUGACGACGAUAAACGCAGACCUGCGGCGAGAGCGCGAGAGAUGCAGCUUCGAUCCCACGGAGCUGACGCAUUUCUGGGACGGCGGACCGGAGAAAACGUCGUCACGGCGCGAACGAGAAAACUUUUUUCUAAGCGAUCCGCUCUUAUCCGACAAAAUCCCUGCCAAGUACAAGAGUCACAAGGAAGUUUAUGAGGAUGCCGUAAUGAAGGGCUGUCGAGUACUUGAGAAAGUGCAAGAGUUGCAGGAAUCGGGGAAAGGUGGCAUGGACGUUUUCUCAAAAAUGACGAAAGCAUCCGCGCUGUUUUGCAGACAAAUUCUGGGAGGCAUGUUGGGCUCGGCGAUAUUAAAGGAUGGUAAUCCAUUGACGCUGCAUUAUGUGAUGUUUAUACCGGCUAUCAUGGGACAGGGCAAUGUCGAGCAGCAAGGAUAUUGGAUAUCCAGGGCUUGGAGUUGCAAUAUCAUCGGUACCUACGCCCAGACAGAGCUCGGACACGGCACAUUUAUUAGAGGUUUAGAAACUACAGCAACCUAUGAUCCUGCGACCAAAGAAUUUGUGUUAAACAGCCCGACUUUAACGUCGUACAAAUGGUGGCCCGGUGGCUUGGGUCAGACAGCGAAUUAUGCAAUUGUUGUCGCACAGUUAUACACGAAAGGAGAAUGUAGAGGUGUUCAUCCGUUCAUUGUGCAACUCAGAGACGAAGACACUCAUGAGCCUUUACUGGGUAUAAAGAUCGGUGAAAUUGGUACUAAGUUAGGAAUGAAUGCAACUAACAAUGGCUUCCUUGGCUUCGAUAACGUCAGAAUACCGCGCGAGAAUAUGUUAAUGAAGAAUUCUCAGGUGUUGGAGGACGGAACUUAUGUGAAAGCGCCUAGUGAUAAGCUCACUUAUGGCACUAUGAUGUUCGUCCGAGUGGUAUUAGUUCGUGAUGUCGCUAGUUAUUUAUCCAAAGCGGUGACGAUAGCUAUCAGAUAUAGCGCCGUUAGACGACAAAGUCAAAUAAAAGCCGACCAGCCGGAAUCGCAAAUUAUGGAUUACGUAACUCAGCAAUAUAAAUUGUUUCCCAAUCUCGCUGCGUGUUUCGCAUUUCGAAUGGCCGCCGAUUGGAUUUGGGAGAUGCACAACAAUGUGACGGCUGAAUUAGAUCAAGGGGAACUAGAAAGAUUGCCUGAAUUGCACGCACUGGCGUGUUGUUUGAAGGCAGUUGCAUCAUCGGACGGAGCAACGGGCAUCGAGCAAUUACGAUUGGCGUGUGGUGGACACGGUUACAUGGAUGCCAGCAACCUGCCGGCAACUUACGGUUUAGUAACGGCUACUUGCACUUACGAAGGUGAAAAUACAGUUCUACUACUGCAAACUGCUAGAUAUUUAGUGAAAGCUUGGAGGCAAGCAGUCGGCGGUCAAGUGGUGCCGCCGACUGUAGGCUACUUAGCCGUCCUUUCACGUGGAGUGAAACAACGUCCUUGGAAAAAUACUUUAUCAUGCAUUAUACAGGCUCAUCAGGCUGUAGCGGCUGGUAAAAUUCGCUUGGCAACCGAAAAUAUGGAUCGCAGAAUACGUAGCGGCGCGUCACCGGAGGACGCGUGGAAUCAAACUAGCAUUGAAUUAGCACACUGCGCGGAGUCUCACUGCCGGGCUUUCUUAGUAAUGAGAUUCGUCGAGGCUGUCAGAGGACUGACAUCCGUGUCCAACAAGCUUCACGAAGUGCUAAUGCAACUUUGCGAAUUAUACUUGAUAUAUUGGGUUCUGCAACGACUCGGAGAUUUUUUACGAUUUUCCUGUUUAAAUAAUGAAGAUAUUCCCGCGCUCCAGGCGCGUUUCGAGGAGAUGCUCGCCGCAAUUCGUCCAAACGCCGUUGGUAUCGUUGACGGAUUCGAUAUUCGCGACGAGAUCCUCGCGUCUGCACUCGGCGCGUACGACGGUAAUGUGUAUCAACGUCUCUUCGACGAGGCGAUGAAGAGUCCGUUGAAUCAAGAAAGCGUGAAUCAAUCCUUCCAUAAGUAUUUGAAGCCUUUUCUUAAAAGCAAUUUAUAAUCAAAAAUCGUAAAUAUCGUAUUUGCAAACAAAAUAGUCAACCAACUACUCUAUUAUAAUAAAUAAGAAUAUUUUGGAAAUUCAAUGAGGAGAAAACAGUUAUGAGAAAACAAACAUUACUAAGCGCGAAGAUAAGAAUACACGAUUUUUAAAGCAGAAUAUAGAACGAAAGCGAUAACUUUCGUUAUAAUUGCAAAUAACUGCAAUAAACAUGUGGAAUUGAGCUUGAAUUGCAAGUUUGAACAUGACGAAGAAACACGAGUCACAAAAAUCCUUGUUACUAUAAUCACAUGACAGACGUGGUCAUUAUUGUGACGUAACAAAACGCGAUCGCACAAUAUAUUAUUAUGUAUUAAUAUGCAUAUCUACUUAGUUAUGAUAUUCUCUAAGAUAUUCCAGAAAGAGCAUUUUUACAUGAUAAUGUUGAACAAAAAACGGAAUUUUAAGCGGAUUGGGAAUGUAAUUGUCUAUUAAACGUUGAUCGGCAUUUGUACUAGCACAAAUUGUUUUUGAUAUUGCUUACAAAAUAUUUUUAUACAUUUAUAAAUUAAUAAAAAAUGAAUAUUUUU